AUGCGUGCGCUUACUGUUGUAACUUCUGCUCUGUUGGCCACGUAUGUGUCAGCACAACAAGGCGCUGUCUGCUUCGACGACUUGGACUGUCUGCUCUCGGCUGGCGGAAUCACAGGAAACUGCGCUGGAGGUAAGGCUGCUGGAGCCGCUGGCGCCGCAGCGGGAGCAGGAGCGGGAGCUGCCCAGCCUGCUGGCCAGCAAGCCGCCGCUGCCGACCCCAUCGGCUCUUUGUUGGGAGGCCUUACAGGCAAGAAGGCUACAGGGAAGACUACUGGCGGUGCUGCAGCACCGGCAAAGGCGAAAACUGCUGGCAAAGCAAAGGCUCCAGCAUUAGGGGCUCGGCAAGCUGCUGCCGCACCUGCAGCCUCUGCGGCUCCCGCCGCCGAUCCCAUUGGAGCCGUGCUCGGAACGGCAGCAGGUCUGCUGAAAGGAAAAGGUGGUCAACCGGCUGGUGCCGCCGCCCCGGCUGGAUCGCAAGCCGCUGACCCAAUCGGGCAAGUCUUGGGAACUGCCGCCGGAGUCCUCAAGGGUAAAGGAGCCCCCGCGGCUGGGGCUGCCGCUCCCGCAGGACAACAGGCAAAUCCUCUCAACGCUGUCCUUGGAGCUGCAGCAGGAGUAUUGAAAGGAAAAGGAGGGGCUCAGCCGGCUGCUGCAGCUCCCGCAGCAGGCGCCGCAGCUCCUCCACCGGCCGCAGCUCCGGCGGCACCCGCUCCAUCGAAACCAGCAGCUGCGGCCCCAGCCCCGCCGGCAGCUUCUAAGCCCGCUGGCUCCACACCCGCCGCCCCUCCAGCUGCGGCCCCCCCUGCUGGUGGGAAGCCCAAUGCUCCUGCUGGUGGAAAGCCGAACUCUGCACCGGCCCCACCCGCUGCAGCCCCGGCAGCCCCGGCAGCCGGAAAGCCCGCCCCUCCGCCAGCUGCUGCUCCUGCGGCACCCGCUGCAGGCAAACCCGCCCCUCCACCUGCUGCUGCUCCUCCGCCAGCCCCCGCCGGCGGAAAGCCAGUUCCAGCUGCCCCCGCCGCGCCAGCAGCACCUGCAGGCAAGCUGAUCCGCCGCGUUGAGUUCUAG